AUGUCUAUUAUGGAUCACAGCCCCACCACUGGGGUGGUGACUGUUAUUGUUAUUUUGAUUGCAAUUGCAGCUCUUGGUGCCUUGAUCCUGGGCUGCUGGUGUUACCUGCGUCUGCAGAGACUCAGUCAGUCUGAGGAUGAGGAAAGCAUUGUGGGUGAAGGAGAAACCAAAGAGCCCUUUCUUCUGGUGCAGUACUCUGCCAAAGGACCUUGUGUGGAGAGGAAAGCUAAGCUAACUCCAAAUGGCACAGAAGUACAUAGCUAA